AUGUCUUCCAGUGAACGAAUAGGUGUUUUUACGAAUUUGAAUCCUUCAUUUAACUCAAAUAACGUUCAUUUUACAUUCACAACAGAUACAUUUACAAAAUAUGUAAGAGAGGAUCUUUCAGCAAGCUCUGAAAUGUUUGUCACUUUGCACUAUGAUUCUCGCAGCAUGAGUCACAGUCUCUUAUCAAGUCAUAGAAAACUUGCUUCAGCCGAAAUCAGUACUGAUUCUCCUGAUCAGAAGCCAAAGGGAAGCAAAAAAAAUAUAUACAAUUUGGUUGCAGAAUCGAGCAAAUUUGUCGUUGAAGAAAAGGAAAAUAAUGAUAAAUAUCCGUAUCCGGCUCACAGAUAUACAGUGAAUUUUUCGAAACUGUGCUCUAGCCAAGUAGGAUCUGAACAUAUGGAUUAUUAUGACUUUGAAUACAGAGAUUCAGGUGCUUGCUUUUACAGAAACUCGAUUUUUAGUUGUGGUGAUCAACAUCAAAAUUGGUUCGGUAUUAUUCCUAAUGAUGGAGCAGUAGCCAUAAGUCUGGUGAAAACGUCAAUAUAUUUCAAAUCAAAUUACGGUACAUCACUAUCAGAAGAUAAGAAAUUGAACUCAAAUACCACUAAUAUCUCCUGUAAAGAGAGCAGUUGCGAUAAGAAUCUACCGACAUUUGAAAAGAAGACUGAAAGUAAAAGUCGUGGGACAAACUUGAUCUAUCUACCAGCAUGGUUGGUAAUAGUUCGACGUGAACAAGGUUCAGAUCUACGUGGUUGUGUAAUAAACAAGAGUUUGAUAGAAAACAAUAAAUCCAUAUCUUCAUUAAUCAUAAAUGAACCUAAUAUGAACAAUCCUACUAUUCAUACAAGUAAUAACAGUUUACCAACAGACAUAAUCACAACAAAUAUUACUAAUGAUAAUUCUCCAAUAACAGAGACAUCGCUUAAAACAAGUCUUCCAACAACAAAAUCUAUAUCAUUAUCAUCAAUGAACACAACAACAACUACAAGUAAAUCAAAUAAUUCACAACUGAUAAUGAUAAAAAAAAAAUCAACCAAAAAGAAUUCAACAAAACUAAAUGAUACUUUAUUGAAUAUUACUGAUGAACAAUUAGUAUUGAAGUAUUUAAUAAAAAAUGAAAAUAUUAUGGAUUAUUUAAAACCUGGUGUACCAGAUAGAACAGUCUAUGAAAAAUUAUUGAAAUUAGAUGAAAUGGAAUUGUUGAACAAUCACAAAUUCGGUGUAUUAUUAUGCCGAAAAAAUCAGUCAACUGAAGAAGAAAUGUACAACAAUGAACACUCAACACCAGAAUUUGAAGAAUUUUUAAAGCUUUUAGGUCGUAAAGUUCGUCUUCGUAACUAUUCAGGAUAUAUUGGUGGAUUGGACUAUCGAAAUGACUCAACUGGAUUGGAGACAUAUGUUACUGAAUUUCGUGGAACAAAUAUUGUAUUCCUUGUAUCUACACUUCUUCCAUAUGAACCUAAUAAAACAGAACAGUUAGCUAGAAAACGACAUAUUGGUAAUUCAUCUGUCACAUUUAUAUUUGUUGAAGAAGAUGCUAUGCCAUUUCAACCGGAUACAAUAAUUUCAGGAUUUCAAAAAGUAUUCAUUAUAGUUAAAUAUAUUCGUUUAAAUAGUGAUGUUGAUGAUAAGAAUAAUUAUAAAUUUGGUUAUCGUGUAUCUGUUUGUCGAGCGAAAGAUGUGCCACAAUUUGGACCAAUUAUUUCAAGUGAUUAUUUAUUUGAACAUCAUCUAUCGUUUGGCAAUCUAUUGUUGACUAAAGCUAUUAAUGCAGCUUAUGCUGUAUUGAAAUAUUCAAAAUUUCGUGAAAUUAUGCAACGUUCAAGAAGAGACUAUCUACAUCAAUUCUGUAAUGAACAUACAAUUAAUACAGAGAAUGAGAAUUUAAAACAUGGUAAGAUGCAUUUAUAUCGAAGACAUUCACAAGAUAAAUUAAAACAAUUAAAAAAUUCAAUAAAAUUUCGUGUAAAUGUAACCUCAUCCUCAAUAGAUCGCGAAUUCAUGCCUACAAAAUAUCAUUCUGAUAGAAUAAUACCAUUUACUCAACAAAACAAUAAUAAUAAUGUUAAUAAUCCAAAAUCAUUUGAUGAUUUAUAUAAAAUGCAUCAACCUGUUAAACGUAAUCAUUCUGAAUUAUUAAAACCAAAUUAUGAUUAUAAUGGAAAUGAUUUAGAGAAAUCUAAUGAAUAUAUUCAUUUAUCAAAUACAUUUCAUAAUUUACUUGAUUUUGGUCAAAGUUUAUAUGUUGGUUUAAAAAAGUGGCAAAAAAUAGAUGGAUGGCAUUCCGUCAUGGAAUUAUUACCUAAUUCAUCAUUAUUCAAUAAUAAUGAUAAUAGUAAGGAUAUAUAUUCAACAGAUGGUUCUGUAUAUAGAUCUUUAACUAAUAAUCAUUAUUUUGAAACACAAAUUGGUAUUAAUCGAAAUUGGUUAGUAAUUUUUGCUCCAUAUACUAUAUCAUCAGAUUUAGCUAAUAAAAUUCUUUUAGCUAUCCCAUUAACUUCAAUAUUUGCUUGUUUAUUUGAACAUAAUAGAAAAGUAUUACGUAUCUACUUUGAUUGUGGACAAUAUGUACAAAUACAAGAUAUAUAUAAUUCAUAUGAUUCAAAUGAACAAAAUACAUUAGAACAAUUAAUCAAUUUUAUUUCUUAUUGUAUAUAUCCAAAAGUAUUACAAAAGUGUAGUCAAGUUGUGAUGAAGAUUAAAAAUAAUUCAAUGAAUCACAAUAAUUAUCAUAUAAAUGAUAAUGAAAAAUUUCUUAUUCAUCAUAUUGAAACUAAUCAUAAUAAUCAAUUACAAGAAGAAUUAAAGAAAACAACACAUCAACAAUUAAUCAAUAAUAAUAAACAUUCAACUAUAAUAAAUAAUAAUUGUUGGUCAAUAUCAGAAAUUGGAUUAAGUUUAUCAUGUUUAAGUCCUAAUGAUAAUUAUAAUAAUAUAAAUUUAUCUAGUUCAUCAUCAUUAUCAUCUUCAUAUUUAUCACCAUUUAGUAUAAAUCCAUUUCCAUACAUUAUAAGUUUACAAAAAAAUAAUAUUGAUUUUAAUUUAUAUAAACAAAUAAAUAAACAAAUUUUAUUACAAAUAGGUUCAUAUCAUUUACCAGAAUUAAUACGCUAUAUACAAAGUAAAAAAUCAAUAUGGUGUUUACAAAAAUUAAAUAUAUCAGGACCAUUUUAUAAUUUAUAUUUUCCAUUAAUAUAUGAUUUACAAUUUUCAACAUAUUUAUUAACAUUAAUUAAUAAAUUAAAAUUUUCUAAAAUUAUUAAAUUAAUUUUAUGUGAUUUACCAGAAAUUGAAAUAUUAAAUCGUGCACGUAUAAGAUAUCAUCGUAAUCAAUAUGUUAAACAUUAUAUUAAUAAUAAUAAUAAUAAUAAUGAUAAUAAUAUUCGGAAAGAUAUACGUUUUUCACAUCCUCCAACAUUAAACUCUAUCAAUCACCCUCAACAACAAAAGCAACAUCAACAUGCUCGUCAACAACAACAUCAAUAUCAACAUCAUCAUCAUAACAACCGACAUGAUGAAUGUUGUGAAACUUCCAUAGAAUUAAAUUCAUCUAAAGAUAAUUCAUUAUCGUUAUAUCAUUUACCGCAUAUUAUAAAUGUAUCAAAUAUAGAUUCUAAUGAAAAUAUAAAAAUAAAAAGGAAUUCACAAGAUUUUAUAAGUUUCUGUGAAAUUAAACAAUCAAAUCGAAAGUAUCAUUCAUUAGAUGUUCAACAGAUCUUUUCAAAUGAGUUGUAUACAAAUUUACAAUGUCAAGAAAAAACUGAGAACAAAUUAAUAACCAAUAAUAACAAUGAAAAUUCAACUGAUUUCACUUCAAAUGGUUUACAAACAAUGAAUUUAAUUGAAACAGCUAAUUGUGUUCAGUCAAGAAGAAGAACACGUAAACCUGAGUUACUUUUCAUGAAGCAGGAAAAUCAUCAAUCGAAUUCAUCAACUGUUGGUCCGCCAAAAAACGAAGAACUGUGUUUGAAUAAAGAAACGGUAAUAAGAAUAUCCAACAGUAGUCAUCAAGACAAAAAUGAAACUAACAGUGAAAUCUCUAAUCACCCUGAAACAUGUCCAAGGAGCGUGAAUGACCAGAAUAACUCUCCAAUUCCUGAAAGUGACAAAAUACAAGUCACUAAAAUAUCUACUACAAACCAAAAUGAUUUAAGUGAGUCUUCAUUAUCUACAUUGAAUCCGGAUUCAAAUAAAACUAAUGAUUUAUCAUUAAAUAAUUCAUUGAAUCCAAAUGUUGAUGCAACAUUCCAUAUACCAGUGAAAUGGAGACGAGCUAAAACUGAAAAAAUUCAUUCACAUUGUAAUACAGAUGCUAGAAUUAUUACAAUACGUCGUCGAUUACAAUCAACUGGAACAAAUACAUGGAAUACGAAAUUACAUGAAAAUACUACAAUCAGUAAACUGGAACAAAGUCGAUCAAAUAAUUUAACGGUGAACACAAAUAUGAAAUUCAAAAAUUCUUCAAUAGAUUAUAUACCACUAAUAAAACAAAAAAGUAGAUUGAAAAUAACUAAAGAAACUUUUACACAAUCACACAAUACAAAUGAAUUGAAUAAUAAUAAUAAUAAUAAUAAUAAUAAUAAUAAUAAUAAUAAUAAUAAUAAUACAAUGGAUAAAUGUAAUAUAGAUAUUAAACAAAACUUAACAAAUAAUCAAUUAUAUGAUUUAACAAAAUUAAAUGAAAAUGAACUACGAAAUUACUUAAGAAAAAUAAAUGAAGAACUCCUAUUAGAACAAUGCCGCCGAAAUCAUUUGGCGAAUAUGUGUGCUGAUCUACUGGAGGAAAAUCGUAAACUUCGUAACGGUCAAUCGGACAAUAUGAAUAAACAAACAGAACAAAUUGUAACAACCAAUACUUCUACUUCAUUGGUGAAUCAGCCAAAUGAACCAAUUUAUAAGAACUACAAAGGUAAGAAAGUCAAGUUGAGUUUUAUCAAUGGGAAAAUUGAACAGAUAAAUAGUAAUCCAAGCAUAUGGAGGAAAUCUAAAGUAAAAUCUCCUAGUUUUAAUAACGAGACAGAUUUGUAA